AUGCAGUUCACUGACGCAGAAGCUGCCGAUGUAAAGAAAUGGGUGGUCAAAAAACUGGAGGACAUUUCUGACGCGGACUCCGAUGUGCUUGCAGACUAUGUUUUGGCGCUAGUUAGGUCCGAUGCGCCAGCCGAGGAAAUCAAAAAGGUCUCAGUCGAAAACCUGGAGGAUUUCCUGCGCGAACACACGCAACCAUUCGUCACUGAGCUCUUCACAACCUUCGGUCCUAAGCAACCUGCCCCUCCUACACCUGCACCUGCACCCCAGCCUCAGCGCCAGCCCCAACCCGCUGCCCACAUUGCCUCUUCACAACCUCCUGAGAAUGCCCCCAGCGGCCCGAGGGCUGCUGCUACUCCUGGUAGUGCCAAUCGCAAACGAACUUUUAAUGAUGGAUUCCAAGGGGAGCCGGAGAACGACGAUAGUGGCUUCCAGAAUCGCGCCAUGAAGACUGCACGGCGUGGCGGUCGCGGCGGCGGUCGCGGCGACUUCAUGGGUGGACAUCAGAUGCAGCCAGGUCAACAAUAUCCCCCACAGCAACAGGGUCAACCAUUCCCUCCACAUCAACAGGGCCAACCGUUCCCUCCCCAGCAGCCUGGUGGCUUCCCGCCCAUGAUGCCCGGUUACCCGCCGUUCGACUCAAACGAUCCUAUGGCAGCAAUGAUGGCUAUGCAGAGUAUGCAAGGUAUGGGAUUCCAGAUGCCGGAAUAUGACCCCAAGACUGCGGGCAUGCAUGCGCAGCGAGGCGGUGCUCCUAUGCGCGGUGACCGAGGCCGCGGCCGUGGUCGCGGCGGAUUCAGCGGACGAGGACGCGGCCGGUCCGAUUUCUCAGCGGCAGGACCUAAUGAGGACCAGUCUAUAACGACGAUUGUUGUUGAGCAGAUUCCUGACGACAAGUUCAACGAGGAUUAUGUGCGCGAGUUCUUCUCUGAGUUCGGCACCAUUACGGAGGUCACUUUGCAACCCUACAAGAAAAUUGCUUUGGUCAAAUACGAGACUUUCCCCGAAGCCAAGGCCGCGUGGUCCAGCCCCAAGGUCAUCUUCGACAACCGUUUUGUGAAGGUUUACUGGUACAAACCGAAUCGCGAAGAAAAGCAUGACAGCGCACAGCCUGAGGCCCCAGCUUUCAACCAAGAAGAGUUCGAGAAGCAACAGCAAGAAGCACAGAGGGUGCAUGAGGAGAAAAUGAAAAAGCGACAGGAGACCGAAGCAGCCAAGCAGGCUAUAGAGCGCCAGCGCGAGGAACUGCUCAAGAAACAACAAGAGGAGCGGGCCCGCCUGAUGCAGCGUCUCGGAGGCACAGCAGACACGAGCAAUGCCACCGGUACCGGGGAUGCCAUGUCCGUCGAACCUGCCGCUGAUGAGAAUAUUAGUGAUGAGACGAAACAGCUGCGAGCUCAAUUGGCUGCCCUCGAGGCUGAGGCCAAGAGCCUUGGCCUCGACCCUACGGCCGAUCCUUCAGCACGGGGUGGAUACCGGGGCCGUGGUGCCUACCGUGGCCGAGGCACAUACCGUGGACGCGGCACUUAUGACCCCAAUUUCCGCGGAGGCUAUCGUGGGCGCGGUGGGUUUGCGGCCCGUGGACGAGGAGGUGUGCUGCGUCUGGAUAACCGGCCUCGACGAGUUGCCGUAUCGGGCGUUGAGCUCAACUCAGAGAAGGACGAAGCAUUGCGUCAGCACCUGAUGGGCGUUGGCGAAUACGAAUCUAUUGAGGCCCACCCAGACCAGCCCAACACAGUCGUGGUGGCAUUCAAAGAGCGCUUCCAGGCCGAAAAGCUCAUGUUCUCCCCUUGGAAUAUCCCCUCCGUGGGCGAGGUCCAGCUUGCCUGGGUGGCCAAUCCGCCUAUUACAGUUCCCGCCGCUGGGUCAUCGGCGGAAUUCAAGGGAGGUCUUGGACAGGAUGAGCCAGAAGACACAGUCAUGUCUUCAACAUCGGUGGCCAACACCGCUACUGCGCGCGAUAUGGACUACGAUGUUGCGGAGGACGACCGCUGGGGCGCGUAA